UAUAAAAACAGUAUACAGUAAACUGCAGUCAAUUGCAAUAGUUAAGAUAGCGUACCUAAAACUAAAGAUCAUAACCCACCCCACAACACUACAGUCAAUGAUAAUACAGCAAUCUGGACACUCUAUUUCUGUUAAACAUUCAGUAACAAAUCGACGCUUCAUCGGUGUUCUAAAUUCUUCGGUGCGUUAAAUAAUAAACCUGAUAUCACGUCUUAAAUACAUAUGAACUAUGUAUUAAAAAAAAAAAAUUUAACGUACAUAUAAUUUAUUAUUUUCUAUUUUUGAUUGUGAUAUGUCCUAUAAUUAAAAUUUAACUUGAUUGUUUUUUCGACUGUGGAAUGAACUAAAACUUUGUCCAAUAUACAAACUUGUUGACUAAGUUACUAAUCAUAGAGUACAGUAUUUGAAUGAAGUAACGCAUUUACGUCUUACAUAAGAAAUGAUAUGUCAAAAACGGCGAUAAUUUUUAAUUAGUUCGACGAAUACAAUAUGGAACUAGAAAGUGAAAGAUUUCAAGAUCACCUACUUUUUGCAUAUAGCAAUGUAUUAUGUCCUGAAAAUCGUAGACAAGAAAAGUAACUGAACUUUAAUAGAUCACUGUAUUGUUUUGAAGUCAGUUUAAUAGGUGUGCAUACUCAACAAUACUCGAAUUUUGAAUGAUUCAAAUUAAUUUGGCUAGCUUGAAGAAGAAAAAAAUUCAACAUGAAAACAAGAAUAUAUAAAUCAAUAUGUUUUUUUUUUGUAUUUUCAAUGCCAUUUACUUUCGCUCUGCGCUUCGAUUUUUUAACAUUUUUAGGUGACCGUUAUCGGUCGAACUUGAUCCCAUUUCGUGAAGAUCCUUUGUUUGGUAAUAAGCCGAUAUUCAAUGAGUAUGACUUUGUUGUGGUUGGUGCUGGAGCAUCUGGUGCUACAGUUGCUACUCGAUUAGCUGAAGUCUCAGAAUGGAAAAUUUUACUUCUUGAAGCUGGUGGAGAAGAAUCAAUUUUUACAUCAAUACCACAAAUAGCUCAUUAUUUACAAUUCACUCGUUUUAAUUGGGCAUUUACAACUGAACCAGAACCAAUUGCUUGCCAAGGCAAUAAAAAUAAAAAAUGCUUAUGGCCAGCUGGAAAAGGUUUGGGUGGUAGCACAAUUAUUAAUAAUAAUAUUUACACAAGAGGCAACGUAAGAGAUUUUGAUCGUUGGGCAGAAGCCGGUAAUAUUGGUUGGUCUUACCAAGAUAUUUUACCGUAUUUCUUAAAAAAUGAAGAUAUUUCAAUAGCAGAAUUAAAAAAAUCGCCCUAUCAUGGCAUUGGUGGUCCAAUGCCUAUUAGUUACGCUCCUUUUAAAUCAAAACUUCUUGAUGCCUUUAUUGAAUCGGCUCCAGAAGUAGGAAUGUCUAUUGUAGAUUAUAAUGCACCUGGAAGUCAUAUUGGCUUUUCCAAAAUUCAAGGAACAAUCAACUACGGAAGACGUGUAACAUCUGCAAAAGCAUACCUUAGAAGUAACCUCACAAACUUGCAUAUUGUUGAAUCAGCAUUUGUAACAAAACUCAUUAUCGAUCCAGUAACUAAAAUCACGUUGGGAGUUGAAUUUGAAAAAAAAGGAAAAAAACGAAGAGUGUUUGCCAGAAAAGAGGUGAUAGUGUCUGCUGGAACAUUUAACUCUGCUAAGUUAUUAAUGCUAUCAGGUAUUGGACCAAAAGAGCACCUAGAAUCUUUAGGUAUAGCAACUUUAAGUAACUUGCGGGUAGGAGACAAUCUCCAAGAACAUCCUUCAUUUGCAGGUUUAGCCUUUACAGUUAAUGAAACUGUGGGUUUAAUUCCUCAAAGGUUGUUUAAAAAUAUUAUAAAAGAAACGUUUAAUUUUCUCGAUGGUACUGGGUGGCUUACCACGAUGGGUUGUGAAGGACUCGGAUACGUUAAAACCAAGUACAAUACAGAUCCCGGAGACGUACCGGAUAUAGAGUAUAUAUUUGUACCAAUGACCUUGGCUGGGGAAGAAGGGACUGGAAGCGGCAUAUUAAGACGGUCGAUGGGAGUUUCAGAUUCAGUAGAAUAUGAUUAUUAUAAUGGAAUCAUAAACAAAGAUGGUUGGACUAUCUGGACUAUGCUCAUGUAUCCCGAAAGUAGGGGACAGGUUAGACUAAAAAAUGCUGAUCCCCACACUAAACCAAUUAUUCGAGCUAAUUUUUUUGACAAAUCAAUUGAUUUAUAUCGUAUUGUGGAAGGUAUUAAACAAGUCAUAGAAUUAAGUAAAACUAAGGCUUUUCAAAGAUAUGGAUCUACCUUAAAUCCACGUUCUAUGCCCGGCUGCAAACAUUUGUCUUUUGGUUCUGAUGAAUACUGGGCUUGUUGCGUUAAAAGAAUGACAAUGCAAAUGCACCAUCAAAGUGGUACUUGUAAAAUGGGUCCUGAAUGGGACAAAAAUGCUGUUGUCAAUUCUCAAUUAAUGGUGUACGGAAUUUCUAAACUAAGAGUCAUUGACUGUUCUAUAAUGCCAACAAUUACAGGAGCUCAUACAGUAGCGCCAGCUUACAUGAUAGGCGAAAAAGGAGCAGACUUAGUAAAAGCAACAUGGCUAAACCAACAAAUAUUUUAAUAGACUUAAUUUAAAAUAGUAUGUUUAAUAUAUCACCUAAAUAAUUACUGUAUUUUGUUGUAAAAAUAUUUUUCGAACUUUGUAAAUAUACAUUCUAUGUGUAAAUACAUUCUUCAGUACUUCCAUUAAACAAAUAAUAUAUAUCAUAGAAUUAAUUUAAUUUAA